CCCCUCCCCCAGCCUUUCCACCGCCUCGGGGGCGGAGCAGGCAGUGCCUGCUUUUGCAGUCGCUCGGUGGUGACGCUCAGCGCCCAGAAAUCACCCCACGUGUGCUGCCGCUCCCCGGCGUUCGGCGGCCACUUUGCCUGGGGGCUUCUUCGGUGCAGCCCGGGUCUCCGAGCGCGAGCAGCGAGCGCCGGUGGCCGCAGGGGACGCAGGCUCCGGGGCCAUGGAACACCUCUCGUUGGAAGUGGCCGCCGCGCCGCUGCGGUUAAUCGCUGCUAAGAACGAGAAGAGCCGCAGCGAUCUGGGCAGGUUCUUGGCCAAGCAGGUGUGGACACCUCAAGAUCGCCAGUGUAUCCUGAGUAUUUUAGCACAAUUGCUACUGGAUAAAGACUAUACUUUGCUGCUUGGCCGCCAGCUGCGCCCUCUCCUUUUGGAUUUGUUGGAAAGGAAUGCUGAAGCCAUUAAAACUGGAGGGCAAGUCAACCAUGAUCUGCAUGAACGGCUCUGUGUGUCCAUGAGCAGGCUCAUUGGUGGCCAUCCUGAUGUCCUUCUGUUUGCCCUGAGGUAUUUCAGAGACACUUCUCCAGUCUUUCAGAGACUCUUCCUAGAGAGCUCAGAUGCUAAUCCAGUUCGCUAUGGGCGCAGGCGGAUGAAACUUCGGGACCUAAUGGAAGCUGCCUACAAGUUUCUACAGCAAGAGCAGUCUGUGUUCCGGGAGCUCUGGGACUGGAGUGUGUGUGUCCCUCUCCUCAGAAGCCACGACACCUUGGUCCGCUGGUACACAGCCAAUUGUCUUGCUUUGAUUACCUGUAUGAGUGAAGAACACAAGUUAUCAUUUCUUAAGAAGAUUUUUAGUAGUGAUGAAUUGAUUCAUUUCCGUUUGAGGUUAUUGGAAGAGGCCCAGUUACAGAACUUGGAGAAGGCCUUGGUUUUGGCCAAUCCUGAAGCUUCCCUUUGGCACAAGGAGAAGGAGUUACAGUACUUACAAGGACACCUUGUUUCAGCUGAUCUCUCCUCCAGGGUUACAGCUGUCUGUGGGGUGGUGUUGCCCAGGCAGCAGCCGGCUUCUGGAGAGCAGGCUAGUGAUAGUUUUUCACGUGAACAAGAGCUGACCCUUAGGUCAUAUGUACUGAUUGAGUCUGUCUGCAAGAAUCUUCAGACCCUGGCUAUGGCAGUGGCUUCUCAGAAUGCUGUGUUGUUGGAAGGACCUAUAGGAUGCGGAAAAACUUCCUUAGUUGAAUAUUUAGCUGCAGUGACAGGUAGAAGGAAACCUCCUCAGCUUCUUAAAGUCCAGCUUGGAGAUCAGACUGACAGUAAGUUGCUGUUGGGUAUGUAUCGAUGCACGGAUGUCCCUGGAGAGUUUGUGUGGCAGCCUGGCACCCUGACACAGGCAGCUACAAAAGGCCACUGGAUCCUUCUGGAGGAUAUUGACUAUGCCCCAUUAGAUGUGGUUUCUGUGCUGAUCCCUCUCUUGGAGAACGGACAGCUCUUGAUUCCUGGCCGCAGUGACUGUCUGAAAGUGGCUCCUGGAUUUCAGUUUUUUGCAACCAGGAGACUUUUAAGCUGUGGAGGAAAUUGGCAUCGGCCACUAAAUAGUCAUGCUACUUUACUAGACAAAUAUUGGACCAAAAUUCACCUGGAUAAUCUGGAUAAGAAAGAACUGAGUGAGGUUCUUCGGAGCAGAUAUUCCAGCCUGUUGGCAGCAGCUGAUCACCUGCUUGACAUCUACAUCCAGCUUACUGGAGAGAAACAUCACUGUCAGAGUGAGAGUUCUGUUGGAUGGGCACAGGCUCCUGAGGAAGUUUUAGAAUCCAGAAGAGAAAACAAAAGACCAGUCCUUGAGGGAAGAGAAUUGUCUCUAAGGGAUCUGCUGAAUUGGUGUAAUAGGAUUGCUCAUAGCUUUGACAGUUCAUCUUCAUCGGCAUCAUUCAAUAUUUUUCAAGAGGCUCUGGACUGUUUCACAGCAAUGCUUUCUGAGCAUACAAGCAAACUGAAAAUAGCAGAAAUUAUUGGAAGCAAGUUGAAUAUUUCUAAGAAAAAGGUUGAAUUCUUCUGUCAGCUUUAUAAACCAGAAAUUGUGAUCAAUGAGUUAGAUGUGCAAGUAGGUCGAGUACGACUUCUUCGGAAACAAAGUGAGGCUGUCCACAUACAGAAGGAGAAGCUCACUUUUGCUACUACGCGGCCUUCAUCUGUUCUCAUUGAACAGCUUGCAGUAUGUGUCAGCAAAGGGGAGCCUGUAUUGUUGGUGGGAGAGACUGGAACUGGCAAAACCUCUACUGUCCAGUACUUAGCUCACAUUACAGGCCACCGCCUGAGGGUUGUAAAUAUGAAUCAACAAAGUGAUACUGCAGACUUGCUUGGGGGUUAUAAGCCAGUGGACCAUAAACUUAUUUGGCUGCCCUUACGAGAGACAUUUGAGGAACUCUUUGCCCAGACGUUUUCCAAGAAACAAAACUUCACCUUUUUGGGACACAUACAGACUUGUUACAGGCAGAAACGGUGGCAUGAUCUCCUGAGACUAAUGCAACAUGUAUACAAGUCUGCUGUUAACAAAGAAGGAAAAGAGAGUGAAGCCGGGGUACUUCUAAAGGAGAAAUGGGAAGCAUUUGGCCUUAGACUCAACCAUGCCCAACAACAGAUGAAAAUGACUGAAAAUUCGCUGUUAUUUGCAUUUGUUGAGGGUACAUUAGCUCAGGCUGUAAAGAAAGGAGAGUGGAUUUUGUUGGAUGAGAUUAAUCUGGCUGCUCCGGAAACGUUAGAAUGUCUGAGUGGUUUACUUGAAGGAUCUUCUGGCUCCCUGGUAUUGCUUGAUCGAGGAGACACAGAGGCCCUGGUUCGUCAUCCUGACUUUCAUUUAUUUGCCUGUAUGAAUCCAGCCACUGAUGUGGGCAAAAGAAAUCUUCCACCAGGAAUAAGAAAUAGGUUCACAGAACUUUACAUAGAAGAAUUGGAAAGUAAAGAAGACCUACAAAUUCUUAUUGUGGACUAUCUGAAAGGAUUGAGUGUAAACAAAACUACAGUGCAAGGAAUCAUAAACUUCUACACAACUUUGCGGAAAGAGUCUAGCACCAAAUUGGUGGAUGGUACUGGCCACAGACCUCACUACAGCCUUCGGACUCUCUGCAGAGCCUUGCGAUUCGCAGCCUCCAAUCCGUGCAGCAACAUUCAGCGCUCACUCUAUGAGGGCUUUUGUUUGGGUUUCUUAACACAACUUGACAGGACAUCACGCCCAGUAGUUCAGAAGCUCAUUUGUCAGCAUGUCAUCUCUGGUAAUGUCAAAAGUCUGCUAAAACAGCCUAUUCCAGAGCCCAAAGGAGGUCGACUUAUUCAGGUUGAAGGCUACUGGAUUUCAGUGGGAGACAAGGAGCCUACAAUAGAUGAGACAUACGUUCUGACAUCUUCUGUUAAGCUGAACCUGAGAGAUAUAGUCCGAGUGGUGUCUGCAGGAACUUACCCAGUCCUGAUUCAAGGAGAGACAUCAGUUGGUAAAACAAGCCUGAUCCGGUGGCUAUCUGCAGCUACUGGCAACCACUGCGUGCGCAUAAACAAUCAUGAACACACGGAUAUUCAGGAGUACAUUGGUUGUUACACAUCUGACUGCUUAGGGAAGCUUGUCUUUAAAGAAGGUGUUCUUAUAGAUGCUAUGAGAAAAGGCUAUUGGAUUAUCUUAGAUGAAUUAAAUUUGGCUCCUACUGAUGUGCUAGAGGCACUAAACAGACUGUUGGAUGAUAACCGUGAAUUGCUCAUAACAGAAACGCAAGAAGUUGUUAAAGCUCACCCUCGGUUCAUGCUUUUUGCCACCCAAAAUCCCCCCGGGCUUUAUGGAGGCAGAAAGGUGCUUUCUAGAGCCUUUAGGAAUAGGUUUGUGGAAUUGCACUUUGAUGAAUUGCCUAGUCCUGAGCUGGAAACAAUUUUGCACAAGCGGUGUAGUUUGCCACCCUCCUAUUGCACCAAAUUGGUUAAAGUCAUGCUGGACCUUCAGUCCUACCGCAGAAGUUCUUCAGUGUUUGCUGGAAAGCAGGGCUUCAUCACCCUUCGGGAUCUAUUCCGAUGGGCUGAACGGUACAGAUUGGCGGAGCAGACUGAGAAAGAAUAUGACUGGCUACAGCAUUUAGCCAAUGAUGGUUUUAUGCUUCUGGCAGGGCGAGUCCGGAAGCAAGAAGAGGUUGAUGUGAUUCAAGAAGUCCUUGAAAAACAUUUCAAGAAAAAAUUGUGUCCUCAAUAUCUUUUCUCCAAAGAUAAUGUCCUAAAAUUACUGGGUAAAUUUUCUACCCAGAUAUCUACAUUGGAGCCUGAUAAGUUCAGCCAUAUUGUGUGGACUGAGGGCAUGCGCAGACUGGCAAUCCUGGUGGGAAGGGCAUUGGAAUUUGGCGAACCAGUCCUGCUGGUUGGAGACACUGGGUGUGGGAAAACUACAAUUUGCCAGAUAUUUGCAGCCUUAGCAAAUCAGAAAUUAUACUCAGUCAACUGCCACUUAAACAUGGAGACAUCGGACUUCCUAGGAGGGCUACGGCCAGUGAGACAGAGGCCAAAUGACAAGGAAGAAAUCGACACAUCAGGACUCUUUGAGUGGCAUGAUGGGCCUCUGGUUCUGGCUAUGAAAGAGGACAGCUUUUUCCUCUUGGAUGAGAUCUCAUUGGCUGAUGAUUCUGUCUUGGAAAGACUCAACAGUGUCCUUGAAGUAGAAAAAUCUCUGGUAUUAGCUGAAAAAGGCAGCCCAGAGGACAAGGAUAAUGAGGUAGAACUGUUGACUGCUGGGAAAAAUUUUCGUAUUUUAGCAACCAUGAACCCUGGUGGCGACUUUGGAAAAAAAGAGCUGUCACCUGCCUUAAGAAACCGGUUUACAGAAAUAUGGUGCCCUCAAAGCACAAGACAUGAAGAUUUAAUUCAAAUAAUAAAUCGUAAUCUUCGUCCAGGAUUAUCUCUAGGCAAAACAGAUCAUAAAGGAGCUGACAUAGCUGAAGUGAUGCUGGAUUUCAUUGACUGGUUGACCCAUCAGGAGUUCGGUCGAAAAUGUGUGGUCAGUAUCAGAGAUAUCCUGUCCUGGGUUAACUUCAUGAACACAAUGGGUGAGGAAACUGCUGUUAAAAGGCCAGAGACCAUUUCCACUGUGACGUCUUUUGUCCACGCUGCAUGCCUGGUGUACAUAGAUGGAAUAGGUUCAGGAGUAACUUCCUCUGGGUUUGGUACGGCCCUCUUGGCUCGAGAAGAAUGUCUGGAAUUCCUAGUAAAGAAAAUUUCCAAGAUAGUCCGACUUACAGAAUAUCAGAAAAAUGAAUUGAAGAUAUAUGAUAGACUCAAGGCCAAAGAAUUCACUGGAAUUGACAACCUUUGGGGAAUUCAUCCAUUUUUUAUACCAAGGGGACCUGUCCUGCACAGGAAUAAUAUUGCUGACUAUGCACUCAGUGCAGGCACCACAGCUAUGAAUGCCCAAAGACUUUUAAGAGCUACCAAAUUGAACAAACCAAUUCUUCUGGAGGGCUCCCCCGGUGUUGGCAAAACAAGUUUGGUAGGAGCCUUAGCAAAGGCUUCAGGAAACACCCUUGUUCGAAUUAACCUGUCAGAGCAGACGGACAUCACAGACCUCUUUGGUGCAGAUCUACCCGUUGAGGGUGGCAAGGGAGGAGAGUUUGCCUGGCGUGAUGGCCCCUUGCUGGCAGCUUUGAAGGCAGGCCAUUGGGUUGUGCUGGAUGAGCUUAAUCUGGCUUCUCAGUCUGUAUUGGAAGGACUCAAUGCUUGUUUUGACCACCGAGGAGAAAUCUAUGUGCCUGAGUUAGGAAUGAGCUUUCAAGUACAGCAUGAAAAGACGAAGAUUUUUGGGUGUCAGAAUCCCUUUAGACAAGGAGGUGGGAGAAAGGGGUUGCCCAGGUCUUUCCUUAACAGAUUCACUCAGGUUUUUGUGGAUCCCCUUACAGUAGUUGACAUGGAGUUCAUUGCCAGUACUUUGUUCCCAGCCAUUGACAAAAAUAUUGUUAAGAAAAUGGUAGCUUUCAAUAACCAAAUUGAUCAUGAAGUUACUGUUGAGAAGAAAUGGGGACAAAAAGGAGGACCCUGGGAGUUCAAUCUCCGGGACCUUUUCCGUUGGUGUCAGUUGAUGCUUGUUGACCAGUCCCCUGGCUGUUAUGACCCUGGUCAGCAUGUGUUUUUGGUCUAUGGUAAAAGAAUGAGAACCAGGGAAGAUGAAGAAAAGGUCAUUGCUGUAUUCAAGGAUGUGUUUGGUUCAAAUUCCAGCCCAUACAUGGGAACUAGACUAUUUCAUAUCACUCCCUAUGAUGUUCAGCUGGGCUACUCAAUCCUUUCCCGUGGCAGCUAUGUUCCUCACCCAUCUCGUCGGCCCCUUCUGCUCCUGCACCAGUCAUUCCAGUCUCUGGAGUCCAUCAUGAAGUGUGUGCAGAUGAGCUGGAUGGUCAUCCUUGUGGGGCCAGCAUCUGUGGGCAAGACCAGUCUAGUUCAGCUUCUGGCACACUUUACUGGCCGCACAUUAAAGAUCAUGGCUAUGAACAGUGCAAUGGAUACUACUGAGCUUCUUGGUGGAUUUGAGCAGGUUGAUCUUAUACGACCUUGGAGACAACUGCUAGAGAAGGUAGAGGAUAUUAUAAGGGGACUGUUGAGGGUUAGCCUCCUUGUCAGUGCUGAUGAUGCAGAAGUAGUGCUGCGAGCGUGGAGCCAUUUCCUUCUGACAUAUAAACCCAAGUGUCUUGGAGAAGAUGGUAAAGGUAUCACAAUGGAGAUUGUCAAUAAAUUGGAAGCAGUCUUGUUGCUUAUGCAACGACUCAAUAAUAAAAUCAACUCAUACUCCAAGGCAGAGUUUGCCAAACUUUUGGAAGAUUUCCGAAGUUUUGUGAUGAAGCUUAUGCAGUCAGCUAGUGGCUGUAACCAUGGCACAUUUGAGUGGGUUGACAGCAUGUUAGUUCAGGCUCUGAAAUCUGGGGACUGGCUUCUGAUGGACAAUGUUAACUUCUGCAACCCAUCAGUGCUGGAUCGUUUGAAUGCUUUGCUUGAACCUGGAGGCGUCCUCACUGUUAAUGAGAGAGGAAUGAUAGAUGGAUCCACUAUGACCAUAACACCUCAUCCUAAUUUCAGGCUUUUUCUCUCAAUGGAUCCUGUUCAUGGAGAAAUAUCCCGUGCAAUGAGGAAUCGUGGACUUGAAAUCUACAUUUCAGGAGAAGAGAAUGAGACAAAUCCAGAUAACCUGGAUUUGAAAGUUCUGCUGCACAGCCUUGGGUUGGUGGGAGACAGUGUGUGUGACAUCCUCCUGGCUCUACACAGCGAGACCCGAAGCUCUAUUAUAGGUUCUUCAACAUCUUCUGUGUCUGCUCUAAUUCAGACAGCCACACUAAUUGUCCAGUAUCUACAACGAGGGCUGGGUUUAGACAAAGCCUUUUCAGAAGCAUGCUGGGAAGUGUAUGUCCACUCUCAGCAUUCAGCAGCAAACCAGAAGCUUGUGCAGGCCUUGCUGGAGAAACAUGCUUCUUUUUUGCAAGCACGGGAAAACUGGGGAAACUCCAUUCUUGCCCCAGGGCUGUGGCCUGAUUCUGUGCCUUCUGCUCUCUUUGCUACGGAAGAUUCUCACCUCUCUGUUGUUCGAAGUGAUGGGCAGAUUCUGGCAUACUGCCUCAGCAGGAAAAGCAUGAAAACCAGCAGCUGGGCCAGGAGUCAGCCUCUUACUUUGCAAGACUUAGAGAAAAUUAUGCAGUCUUCCAACCCCGAGAACCUAAAAUUCAAUGCAGUACAAAUGGAUGCUUAUUGGAUUGAUGAACCAGAGGUUUUGCCCAUGGCUGUUAAAUUGCUCAUAGAAAGAGCAACCAAUCAGGAUUGGAUGCUCAGAGUUAAAUGGCUUUAUCAUUUAGCCAGGAACAUACCACAGGGGCUUGAGUCAAUACAGAUUCAUUUGGAAGCCAGUGCUGCAUCUCUUAGGAACUUCUACUCAAAUUCUCUCUCAGCUGGUGUUACUAAUGUCUUUAAAAUAUUACAGUCAAAUAUAACAGAUGACUUUGUGAUCCCUCUGGACCCCCGAUGGAAUAUGCAGGCUUUGGACAUCAUUAGAAAUUUGAUGGACUUUGAUCCACAGACAGACCAACCUGAGCAACUCUUUGCCCUCUUAGAAUCAGUUGCAAACAAGACAAUUAUAUAUCUUGACCGGGAAAAACGGAGUUUUACUGAAGCAAAUUUGGUUUCCAUUGGUGGCAAAACUUUAAAUAGUGUUUUGAGAAUGUCUUUUGAAUUCCAUAAAGAUCCAGAGAGUUAUCAUAGCCUGCCCCAUGAAAUUGUGGUCAAUCUUGCUGCUUUUUUUGAACUUUGUGAUGCAUUGAUCUUGCUCUGGGUACAGUCUCCACAGGGGAUGGUGUCUGAUGCUAAUGUCCACGAGAUUCUAGAUUCUGUGCAGUGGCGGGACCGGUUUUGGACUGUGGCUGAUGCAGUUAAAGUGGAUGCUCCAGGUCUGGCUUUGCUUGCCCUCCAUUGGCACUGGGUUUUAAAACAUUUGGUCCUCCAGAUUCCCCAACUCCUGAUGAAUCAUGAAGACAAAUAUUACAAAGAGGUUCAGACAGUCUCAGAACAUAUUCAGAAUUGUCUGGGUAGCCCAACUGGUGGCUUCACUGGUAUAAAGAAAUUGCAGAAGUUCCUGGGACGACCAUUUCCUUUUAAGGACAAGCUAGUGAUGGAAUGUUUUUCACAACUGAAAGUCCUUAACAAAGCCCUUGCCAUCAGGGAAUGGAUGCCUGUCCUUGGUGAGAGUGGAUGGCAGGAAGACAUGCAUCGUCUCCAAGUGAUUGCUUUGGAAUGGACAUUAAAGAAAAAUCUCCUGCAGUCCUGGGCCAUGAUCCUGAGGGCCAAUAUUCUGGAAGAUGUCAACCUGGAUGAACUGAAGAAUCUUGUGAGUGUUCAGUGUUCAGAACUGAAAGCUAAAGGUCUUCCACUUGGUUUUCUGGAAGAAAAAGUUGGAGAAGCUUCCUCCUUGUCCCAGCCAGAUUUUACCUCUUUAAUCCAACUCACCAGGAGUGUUCAGUUGUGGCCUGCAAUGGAGUACUUGGCUAUUCUUUGGCGGUACAAAGUGACAGCUGAUUUUAUGACACAGGUCUGUCUGACAAGGUCUAGUAAAAAUCAACAACCUUGGAUAGAUGAGGAGAUAAGUCAUCAUAUCACAUUUUGUCUUAAACACACACCAGUGGCUUCUCAAGAACUUCUAGAUCUUUGGUCUUUGCUGCAUUAUAAGAAGGUGUUUGCUGAAGAAAUUACUUGUUUGUGGUCUGAGUUAUUUAAUUCCACAUUUACAUCUUUCUGGAGCAGUACUGUCACCACAAAUCCAGAGUUCUGGCUAACGUGGAACCCUCUGCUUGGUAUGCAGCAGAAAGAGGUACCCAAGUCCCUUUUGGACUCCACGUUGAAGGGCCCUGGCAGUUUCUGUACAGCUGUGUUCUCGAAGUGCUGCUUUGAAAUCUUGACCAACAGCUGCAGAGCAGGUCCCUGGGAUGUGAGCGGCCUUCCUAUUCUGUCCUCCUCACAUGUCACCCUGGGAGAGUGGGUUGAGAGAGUCCAGCAGCUCCAGGACAUUAAUUCAUUGCUUUGGACCAACCUGGCUGUCCCUUCAGUAGCAGAAUUCAGACGCACAGAUUCCCAGCUGCAGGGGCUAGUGCUGUGUCGGCACCUGAUGGGCCUUGCAGAGCUGUUCCCAGAGCCCCGGCGGCAGGAGUACAUGCAGAACUGUGAGCAGCUGCUGCUUGGGGACAGCCAGGCCUUCCAGCACAUUUGCCAGACUCUUGGGGACUUGGCUGGUCAUGAGGCACUGCCCAAGGAAUUGCUCUGUCUCUUGCUUACUUCCCUGCACUACCUUUUUGGAGAAGGGGAGAGUAAGAGGAACUUGUCAGAGCCUGCCCAGCGUGGGAGCCUCUGGGUGAGCCUUGGCUUGCUCCAGAUUGAAACUUGGCUUCCCCAGACACGCUUCGACCCUGCAGUGAAGAGAGAAUACAAGCUCAAGUAUGCCAAGGAGGAGUUACAUCAGCUGCAAUGUGAGCAAAAGAUCCGAAAUCUGUCAUCCCAGCUGCAAACUGGAAGAGACCUGGCAGAUGAAGUGAUUGUCAGUUACUCUCAUCCUCAUGUCAGGUUACUUCGCCAAAGGAUUGAUCAGCUGGAAAAUUCAGUCUGUAGGCUGUUAAAGAAGCAGGCUUUCAGGCCCCAGCUGCCAGCCUAUGAAUCCUUGGUACAGGAAAUCCACCACUAUGUCACCAGCAUUGCCAAGGCUGACAGUGUUCAGGAUUUGCUCUCAAGGCUCCUGCAGGCUCUCCUUACAGAUGGGAUGCGAUCUUCCCAGGUGGCCCAGAGCCUUCUGAAAGAGGAGGCUUCUUGGCAGCAGUCACACCACCAGUUCAGAAAGCGAUUAGGGGAGGAGUAUGCCCUGUAUCCAGACAUCGUGACCCCACUACAGGCAUCCAUCUUGCAGUUACAGCAUGGUAUGAGACUUGUGGCAUCUGAAGUCCACACCGCAUCCCAUAGCAGUGUGAUUACAGAUAGGCUCGGGGCCUUGGCCACAGCUUUGUUGGCUUUUCCAUCAGUGGGCCCUACUUUCCCCACCUACUACGCUCAUGCGGAUGCUUUGUGUUUGGUGAAGUCAGAGGAGGUUCUUCGAGGCCUUGGGAAGCUGAUCAUCAAACGUUUGGGAGUAAAGGAGCCAGAAGGCAAAGGCCAGCAACCUUGCCCCACCCGGGAACAGCUGCUAAUGAACGCUCUCCUUUACCUGCACUCCCAUGUGCUGUGCAAGGGUGAGCUAGACCAGAGGGCCCUGCUGCUCUUCAGACAUGUGUGUCAGGAGAUCAUCAAUGAGUGGGAUGAACAGGAACGUGUAGCCCAAGAGAAGGUGGAGCAGGAAAGCAGCCUGUACAGAUACAAGAGCAGGAGCUCCAGGACAGCCUUGAGUGAGGAGGAGGAGGAAGAACGGGAAUUCAGAAAACAGUUUCCACUGCACGAAAAGGACUUUGCAGAUAUUUUGGUAGAACCAGUACUAGAAGAGACAAAAGGAACUUCAGAUGGUCAAGAAGAAGCAGCCACAGACCCAGCUCUCCUCUCCCAAAGUUCAAUGCAAGCAGUGAUGCGGAUACACCAGCAGUUGUGCCUCAACUUUGCUCGGUCCCUGUGGUACCAGCAGCAGACUGUGCCAUCACAUGAGACAAAGGACUACCUCAGCCUGUUUCUGUCUUGCUAUCAGACUGGGGCAUCUCUUGUGACACAUUUCUACCCCCUGAUGGGUGUUGAACUGAAUGACCAAUUCUUAGGCAGCCAACUUUUAGCCUGCACCAUCUCCCACAACACACUCUGUGGGGAAGCAACAUCAGACCUGAUGGUGACGCCCACCGGGCCCUAUGAUUUCUACCAGCACCCCAAUGUGCCAGAAGCACGACAGUGUCAACCUGUGCUUCAGGGUUUCUCAGAGGCUGUCAGUCAAUUGCUGCAGGAUUGGCCGGAACACCCUGCUCUUGAGCAGCUACUGGUUGUAAUGGACAGAAUUCGUAGUUUCCCACUUUCCAGUCCCAUCUCAAAGUUCCUGAAUGGCUUAGAGAUCCUUCUGGCAAAAGCACAGGAUUGGGAGGAGAACGCAAGUCGAGCCUUGUCCCUGCGCAAACAUAUCAAUUUGGUCAGUCAGAUGAUCAUUCGUUGGCGCAAACUGGAGCUGAACUGCUGGUCCAUGAGUUUAGAUAAUACCAUGAAACGCCACACUGAAAAAUCCACCAAGCACUGGUUCUCCAUCUAUCAGAUGCUUGAAAAGCACAUGCAGGAACAAACAGAGGAUCAUGAAGAUGACAAACAGAUGACCCUGAUGUUGCUGGUUAGCACGUUACAAGCAUUUAUUGAAGGAUCCUCUCUGGGAGAAUUCCAUGUGCGACUUCAGAUGUUACUGGUUUUCCAUUGUCAUGUUUUGCUAAUGCCACAAGUUGAAGGAAAGGAUUCACUUUGCAGUGUUCUGUGGAAUUUGUACCAUUAUUACGAGCAGUUCUUUGACCGAGUCCAGGUCAAAAUUGUGGAACUUCGGUCCCCCCUGGAAAAAGAACUUAAAGAAUUUGUUAAGAUAUCGAGGUGGAAUGAUGUCAGCUUCUGGUCCAUUAAACAAUCUGUGGAAAAGACACAUAGGACCCUUUUUAAAUUCAUGAAGAAAUUUGAAGCUGUUCUAAGUGAGCCCUGCCGGUCAUGCUUGGUGGAGAGUGACAAGGAAGAACAGCCUGACUUUUUGCCCAGGCCAGCAGAUGAAGCCAUGAGUGAGACAUCUCCCAUUCAGUGUCUGAAUAGAGCACUGAGGGAGACCUUGUUAGUCUGGCCACCAGCUAGGCAGGUCACAAUUCCAGAACAGUGUCCAAGUGCUACUCCUUUCUCUAUGGAAGGGGAGCUUCUGCGUCGCUUGCCAAAGCUCACAAAACGAAUGAGGAAGAUGUGCCUUUCAUUCAUGAAGGAGAGCCCUUUGCCUCACCUAGUGGAGGGCCUUGAUCAGUUCGCUGGUGAAAUGAUUUCCUCUGUAAGUGAGCUUCAGAGCCUAAAGGUGGAGCCAUCUGCAGAGAAAGAGAAGCAGAGGUCAGAAGCCAAGCACAUUCUCAUGCAGAAGCAGCGAGCUUUAUCAGACCUCUUUAAACACCUUACAAAAACUGGUUUGUCAUACCGCAAAGGUCUCGCCUGGGCCCAUUCAAAAAAUCUGCAGGAGUUGCUUCAUCUUCACCCAUUAGAUCUCCGGAGAGCACUGUCCAUAGUCAGCGGCACUCAAGAGGCUGAUUCCAGGCUGCUUGCAGAAAUUUCAUCUUCGUGGGAUGGAUGCCAGAAGUAUUUUUAUCGCUCUCUUGCACGGCACACCAGGCUUACUGCAGCCCUAGCAACUCCUGCCAAGGAGAUGGGCGUGGGGAACAUUGAGAGGUGUAAAGGGUUCUCAGCACAUUUGAUGAAGAUACUCAUCCAACAGCGACGCUCCUUGACAACACUGACGGAGCAGUGGAUCAUCCUCAGGAACCUUCUCAGCUGUGUGCAGGAGAUCCACAGCAGGCUGACAGGGCCCCCUGUCUACCCUGUGGCCUUCCCACCUCAGGACAGUGUGCAGCAGUGGACAGAGCGGCUACAGCAUGUGGCCAUGCAGAGCCAGAUCCUGCUUGAGCAGCUUUCCUGGUUCUUCCAGUGCUGUCCCAGUGCAGGGCUGGCGCCAGGCCAUGAUCAAGCUUCAGUGCAGGGUCAGCCUUCUGCCUCCCACCUGGAAAGACUGGAACUCACCAAGGGACAGCUGUCUGGAGCAGUGCCAGACAUAAUUCCCUCUGAUGUGGGGUACCCAUCCCCAGUACCUAGAAUUCAACUGCCUUCUGGUUGCCGGAUGCGUAAACAGGACCAGCUUUGGCAAGAGUCGACUGCCAGGAUAACAGAGAUGCUGAAAACCAUUAAAACAGUGAAAGCUGAUGUCGACAAAAUUAGGCAGCAGUCUUGUGAGACUCUCUUUCAUUCUUGGAAAGAUUUUGAAGUUUGCUCUUCUGGGCUCAGUUGCCUGUCCCAGGUGUCAGCUCAUUUGCAAGGCCUAGAGUCCUUGUUCAUUGUUCCAGGAAUGGAGGCUGAGCAAACAGACCCACAAAUGGCAUUAGUUGAAAGCCUGGAAUAUGUAAAAGGGGAAAUUGAUAAAGCCACGGAUGACUUUACUACUUGGAAAACACAUCUACUCACUUCAAACAGCCAAGGAGCAGGAAACCAAAUGUUGGAUGAAAGCUUAGUGGAAGAUUUUUCAGAGCAAAUGGAAACUGCCAUCCAGGCCAUCCUUUGUGCCGUCCAGAACUUAGCAGAAAGAAACAGUAAAAAAGCAGAGGAGAGCACUGACCAAAAAAGACCACAAGAAGAGGAGGCGGGAGCAGGCUUUGAGAGACUACAACCAGGACAUCUAACAAAACUCUUAGAGGAUGACUUCUGGGCUGACGUGAGCACUUUGCAUGUGCAGAAAAUAAUUUCUACUAUCUCUGAGCUAUUGGAGAGAAUAAAAUCAUAUGGAGAAGAUGGCACAGCGUCAAAGCACAUGCUCUUCAGCCAGUCCUGCAGCCUGCUGGUGCGCCUGGUGCCCAUGCUUUGCAGCUUCUCAGACCUUGUCCUCUUCUUCUUGACCAUGUCAUUGGCAACUCACCGGAACACUGCAAAGCUGCUUUCUGUGCUUGCCCAGGUCUUUACAGAGCUUGCCCAGAAGGGAUUUUGCUUGCCCAAAGAAUUUAUGAAAGAUUCAUCAGGAGAUGGAGCAACUGAAUUCCAUGACUAUGAGGGAGGUGGAAUUGGAGAAGGCGAGGGCAUGAAGGAUGUGAGUGAUAAGAUAGAAAGUGAAGAGCAGGUAGAAGAUUCAUUUCAGAAGGGACAAGAAAAGGACAAUGAAGAGCCUGACUCAAAAUCUGAUAUUAAGGGCGAAGAUAACGCCAUUGAGAUGUCAGAGGACUUUGAUGGGAAAAUGCAUGAUGGGGUGCUUGAAGAACAAGAAGAGGAGGAUGAUAAAUCAGAUAGUGAGGGCAAAGAACUGGAUAAACAGAUGGGCGAUCUCAAUGGUGAGGAAGCUGACAAACUAGAUGAGAGGCUUUGGGGUGAUGACGAUGAAGAUGAUGAUGAUGAUGAAGAGGACAAUAAAACUGAAGAAACUGGACCAGGAAUGGAUGAGGAAGAUUCUGAACUUGUUGCUAAAGAUGACAACUUGGAUGCUGGGAAUUUGGACAAAGAUAAAAACCAGCAAAAUAAGAAAGAAGAAAAAGCAGAAUCCGAUGAUGGUGGACAAAGCCAAGACAAAAUUAAUGAACAAAUAGAUGAGAGAGAGUAUGAUGAGAAUGAGGUGGACCCUUACCAUGGCAAUCAGGAAAAGCUUCCAGAACCAGAGGCCUUGGACCUUCCAGAUAACUUGGACCUUGACAGUGAAGACAAGAAUGGGGGUGAGGACACAGACAAUGAGGAAGGAGAAGAAGAAAAUCCAUUGGAGAUCAAAGAAAAAUCAGUAGAUACAGAAGAAGCAGACCAUGAAACUGAGGAAAUGAACGAAGAGACUGAGGCUGACCAGAGUGAAGGUGAAGGUGCACCUGCACCUGAGGAAAACCCCAGUGGGGAUGACAAUGUGGAAAGGGAGGAGGAGAUGGACACAGGAGCUGAUGACCAGGACACAGAUAGUGCCGAACACCCUGAAGAAAACUCAGAGAAGCAGCAGCAGUCUCUGGAAGAAGAGCACAGGGAAGACACCAAGGAAGGGGGAGAAAAGAGCAUUCCUCUUGAUCAAAGUCUGCAGUCCCAGGAAGGAGGAGGAGAGAAAUCUGAUACAGAAGAGCAGGAGCCAGAAGCUGCUGAGAGGAAGGAACACGCGUCCUGUGGGCAGACUGGUGUGGAGAAUGUGCAGAGCACACAGGCUGUGGAGCUGGCUGGGGCUGCACCUGAGAAGGAGCAGGGGAAAGAGGAACACGGAAGUGGAACCGCAGACGCAAACCAGGCAGAAGGCCACGAAUCCAACUUGAUUGCCCGGUUGGCCUCCCAAAAACACACCAGAAAAAAUACACAGAGUUUUAAGAGGAAACCUGGGCAGGCUGACAAUGAGCGCUCAGUGGGUGAUUACAAUGAGCAUGUGCAUAAGAGGCUGAAGACUGUGGAUAACGACAGCCAGGCUGAACAGGGGCCAUCAGAGCCCCGCACCCAGGUGGAAGAUUCGGAUGCAUUUGAGCACAUUAAACAAGGCAGCGAUACAUACGACGCACAGACCUAUGAUGUGGCCAGCAAAGAGCAACAACAUACUGCAAAAGAGUCCAGCAGGGAUCAGGAAGAGGAGGAGACAGAGGAUGCCCUCAUGGAUUUGGAGGAGCAGGAAGAACUUAGAACAGUAGACACGGAGCAGCUGAAGCCAGACGAAGUCAAGUCAGGAAACAUGGCAGCUCCCAGCUUUGAUGAGAUGGAGAUGGAGACCCACACUGUUAAAACAGCAGAGGAGCAAGAAGACCUCAAGACAGACAGAUCCCACAAGGAGACAAUAGAUAAGAAACCAGAAAGAAGCCAAGAUUCAACCAUUCAUACGGCCCAUCAGCUUCUAGUGGAUACAAUUUUCCAGCCCUUUUUAAAAGAUGUCAGUGAGCUAAGGCAGGAGAUGGAGAGACAGCUGGAAACCUGGCAGCUGCAUGAAUCUGGAAAUGCAGAAGAGAAGGCUGCAGCUGAGAUGUGGCAGAGAUACUUGAUCUUAACUGCACCUCUUUCACAACAGUUAUGUGAGCAACUUCGUCUCAUAUUAGAGCCCACCCAGGCAGCCAAGUUGAAAGGAGACUAUCGAACAGGGAAGCGACUGAACAUGCGGAAGGUCAUUCCCUACAUUGCCAGUCAGUUUCGGAAAGACAAGAUUUGGCUGCGAAGGACCAAGCCCAGUAAACGCCAAUAUCAGAUUUGUUUGGCUAUUGAUGACUCUUCUAGUAUGGUGGACAACCAUACCAAACAGCUUGCAUUUGAGUCACUGGCUGUGAUUGGAAAUGCUCUAACCCUCCUGGAAGUGGGUCAGAUUGCUGUAUGCAGUUUUGGAGAGUCAGUGAAGCUGUUACACCCAUUCCAUGAGCAGUUCAGUGAUUACUCGGGGACCCAGAUUCUACGGCUCUGCAAAUUCCAGCAAAAGAAAACCAAGAUUGCUCAGUUUCUAGAGUCUGUAGCCAGCAUGUUUGCAGUCGCUCAGCAUUUCUCACAAAACAUUAGUCCAGAAACUGCACAGCUUCUCCUGAUAGUCUCUGAUGGGCGAGGCCUUUUUCUGGAAGGGAAAGAAAGAGUCCUGGCAGCAGUUCAGGCUGCCCGGAAUGCCAAUAUCUUUGUCAUUUUUGUUGUUUUGGACAGUCCCAGUUCACGGGAUUCCAUCUUGGACAUUAAAGUACCAAUAUUCAAAGGACCUGGAGAGAUGCCUGAAAUCCGAUCCUACAUGGAAGAAUUCCCAUUCCCAUUCUAUAUCAUUCUUCGAGAUGUGAAUGCACUUCCUGAGACACUCAGCGAUGCCCUCAGACAGUGGUUUGAGUUAGUGACGGCCUCUGACCACCCGUAACACAGGAAGAGCCGUCCAAAGUGAGACUAUUUGAACCACAGUCAGAAAGUGACAUCUUACCCAGGUGUUCCCUACUCCUUUUUGGACAACUGUUUCUGAACGUGCCACUCGCAUAGCUCAGAGAGAGUUUUCAGGCUCUUGCUUUGCCUGGGCUCAAGUACCUUGUUUUGAAAUCUGGGGAGAAAUCCUAACUGGGGAGCCUGAUGCCCUCCUCUAGGAACCCAGCCACAUUCAGUCCCCUUUUGGUAGAGAGGGGUCAUACAGUGGGGAUUGGACCCAGAGUCUCAUUAAGUUGCUCAGGCUGGCCUCAAAUUUAUGAUUCUUCUGAGUACCUGGGAUUACAGGUGUGUGUCACCACAGCUGACUGUUGGACACAUUCCUUAAGCGAAUGGACUGUGCCAGUUCUUUGGACAAAGGAAUAAAGAGCUGCCUUUUGGACUCUACUUUAAGCUCUGCCACAGCAAGCUCAUGAUACGAACCCAAAAGCUAUCCUAUGGCUGAGAUACCUACAGUUUUCUGGAGAGCAUGAUUUUAUAUUUUCUUAUUGUGAAAAGAGUAUUCUCUCCAAGGGUAGGAAGCUUAUGGUGUACGUGUUCUCAUGUUUAGCAUGAUGUUAUGGGAGCCCAAGUAAUCAACAAAGAUCCUUGGGAUUUGAAAAUAAAGAAGUGGCUUUUCAGUGUUCUCCAUUCACAUUUGCUGCUCCGGGAGACUAUGCAAUGAUAGAAAGAUGAUUUUUCCUUUGUUUCACACUUUCAGUGCCAUAGUCCCUGUUAUAGUAAUUUAUUUCUUUAGUUCUCCCCUCCCCCCUUAAUAAUUAAGGGGAAGAGCCGGGGAUUUAGCUCUGGUUCCACCGCCUGCCUUGCAAGUACAAGGACCCGAGUUUGAUCCCUGGUACAAAAAAAAAAAAAAAAAAUUAAGGGGAAGAAUCAUUCCUCAGUGCUUUCAAGCUAGACUGAGCCAGUCUCAUUCUGGAAAACAAAUGCUGUGUCCACAAGAACUAAGCCCCUACAUUUAUUUUUCUUUUUCUCCCAGUCAGAACACAUCAGUGGUUUUAAGGCACUUUUUCCUUGGCCAAAAAGCAGUGCUUGAAUACUUGAAACUGUGCUGUGUUCUAUUUAAUGUUCUGUCAGAAUGUUCUUUUGUAGACAGUAUGCCAUGAUGUAGUCAUCUUAUCUCCUUAUCCCCAUGUCUCUCCAGGUUACAAUGUGAAGUCCUUAUACGGUGGCCAUUAGACACAGCUUGCUUGUUUAACCAAGUGUCCUAAAGCAUGUACCUGAAGUUAUAUCAUUGUUAUUUUUUAUUCUAAAAAAAAUCUAUGCAGUUUAUAUUCUGAAAACUAUUAAAAGAUUUACCACUGUUGAGGUCA